AUGUGCCCGUGCAGAGAGUCUACGGAUGUCGUGAGUGGAAGCAGACAAAAGCUCCGUGUGCGGUCUACUGACUUUCCAGCAGCCCAUAUCAAGAAUCUCCUUGCGGCUGCAGGAGACAAAGCAAUAGACGGAUAUACCAAGCUCAUCACAACACUACAAAAGGAAGGCAAUGUAACAGAUCGGAUCACAAAAGGGCCGAGCGGUAUUUCAACAUGCGGGCAUGUGACAUAUCUGUGCCUGCAAUGCCCGACUGUCAGCGCGUCCAAAGAGAAGCAUCGCCCGGGCCACAACUUCGCCGUCGAGUCUUCCAAUGGCUUCGUGCUGUGCUACGACUGCAAAGACUUCGUCUACGAUCCGACUUUCGAAGAGAUUCGAGCGCCGAACACUAAGAAGAGAAAGUACUCAACAUCCGUGGCGGACGGCGACAGGAAGCUCAUGGCCAAUAACGCUGUCGUGACUCCUUGUGCAGCCACUGGCUUGCGCGGACUCUACAACAUGGGACAGACCUGCUUCAUGUCCGUCAUAUUGCAGUCUCUAAUCCACAACCCAUUCAUUCGUACAUUCUACCUCGCCGAAGGACACCGCUCCACCGAUUGCGAACGAGAGGCAUGCACAUCAUGUGCGCUUGACGACAUGUUUAUCGAUUUCUACGCGCAAGAGAAGCACGAAGGCUACGGGGCGGUGCACAUGCUGCAGGGAUGCUGGAAGGGCGGCGGAGGACUGGCAGGGUACAGUCAGCAAGAUGCGCACGAAUACCUGGGAUUUAUAUUGAACAGUCUACAUGAGGCAAACAUUGACGAAGAUGACGAGCGACCUGCGGAGCAGAAAGAGAAGGAUUGCGAAUGUGUGAUACACCAGACGUUUGGAGGUCUGCUCAGAAGCACAGUCACAUGUGCGACGUGCAACAAUGUCACGACAUCGCUGGAUCCCUUUAUGGACCUCAGUCUGGACGUCAAGAAUGCUGGAUUCAGCAUUAAGAAGAAGAAGCUGGCCAUGAUCAAUGGGACGCAGACCGUUAAGGAAGCUCUGCCCAUGGAUCUCACCGAAUGCCUAGAACGCUUCACAAGUGUGGAGUCGCUAUCUACGGACAGCUACUUUUGCCGCAAGUGCGAGGCGUCUCGAGAAGCCAAGAAGAAGCUCACAAUCGCGCGUCUGCCGCCUGUCGUCCCAAUACAUCUCAAGCGAUUUUCACAUUCCCAGAAGAGCUCACAGAGCAACAAAAACAAGCUGAAAGGCGACGCCGAACCGCAAGAACCGAUCUACGAACUUUCAUCCGUCAUUGUGCACAAAGGCAAGAUUGACAACGGGCAUUAUAUAUCGUACUCUCGUCAGGGCGCAGAGUGGUUUCGAUUUGAUGACAGCAUGGUUGUGCAAGUCGAUGAGAAAGAAGUCCUUGGUGCAGAGGCAUACAUGUUAUUCUACGUUGUUUCGGAGUUUUGA